AUGGAAACUUUGAAAAAGUUUAAGCGUCCAUUAGUUAAUUUAGGAAAUUCUCGCACAACUAAAUAUCGGAAAAAAAUAAAAGCAUCAGAAAAUCAGAAAAAAAAUGGACAAACACUUUUUCAACUAUUAUCUAAAAAAAGUUCUCAAGAAAAUUUAGGUAAUAAGCUAAAAAUCGAAGAUCAACAGUUAACAUCAGGACAUAAAAUGCGGCUAAAAGCAACCCAAUAUUAUUUUCACCUUCUUGAAAGAGGACAUUCAAAGUUGAAUGCAAGUCAAAUGGUUGCAGAAAUGUUAAAUCGUGGAGUAUGGUUUGCACGUUGUGUUAGAAGUUGGGCUAAGGCAUUCAAAAACUAUGGUGAUAUUCCCAAAGAUAAUCGUAGACAAUAUUUUAAAGGAAGCAGUCUUAUUGAUGACGAAGACAUUCAAUUAAAAGUAGCUUCAUAUUUGCGCCAACACAAAUUUGAUGUUACUGUUAAUAGUUUUUGCAAUUUUGUCAAUGAAGAAAUCCUACCUUCCAUCGGUAUAGAAAAUAAAACAACAAUCAGCCGUUAUGCAAAAGGUAUGUAUGUUGAUGGCCACAAAAGAGAUGAUGUUAUUGCAUAUCAGAAAGAAUUUCUUGAAACUAUGGAAAGGUAA